AUGGAGCUUCCCAAGCUGGCGUGCAGCGCGCGUGCCGCGACGGUGACCCGGUGCCCUUUGGGGCCCUUGGCUACUGGGAAUCCGUGGUUUGGUGGCCUCGAUGUGGGUGGCGUCAGGAAUGCCUGGCAAGCAACCAUGCUUGCAUCAAUGGUCCUGGGCUCCGCGCUGAUCAGGCGCAAGAGCCGCCGCCCCAAGUCAGUGGGAGCGGCUUUCGGCCUAUCAAAAACCUCGAAGAAUCGGAGGGAGGGUCUCUUCAACGUCGUGGCAACACUGGCUGCCGCUCCAUCUCCAGCCGUGGCCAAGGGCGGAGGCAACCCUUUCCUUCUCGUGCAAGAAGGGGAAGAGGCGUUCAAGAAGAAUAAGGUGGAGGAGUCCGUCGAGCUCUUUGACAAGGCCGCGCAGUCAGGAUAUCCCAAGGCCAGGCUGUGGCAACGGGGGCUGUCCCUCUACUAUGCGAAAGACUUCCAAUCUGGUUCAGAGCAGUUCAGAAAGGACGUGGAGAUGAAUCCGAACGACACUGAAGAAUCGAUCUGGGCAUUCUUAUGCGAGGCGCAGCUGCUUGGUUUCCAGCAGGCACGACGGCAGAUCUUAACUGUUGGUGUGGACCCACGACCCGUCAUGCGCACGGCAAUGGCGUUGUUUAGGGGCGAUGAUGAUGCGAAGUCCAUCGCCGCGCUCGAAGAUUUGUCUGCCGGUGGCCGCUCCGAUGUGUUCUACUCCUGCCUCUACCUGGGCUUGUUCUACGAGGCGAAAGGGGACACAGAGAAUGCGCGACGGUACCUAUUGAAAGCCACCAGUUGCAAGUAUGGUGCAACAAGCACUGAUUACAUGGCUGAUCUGGCCCGUGUGCAUGUCGCUCGACGCGGCUGGGCCGAAGUAGAGUUUUGA